UUUUUGUCUAAAACGGAUCGGGGUAACGGUUAACUUCACGCUGGGGUCUGGCCAUGUCACCCCUUUGCCUUACUUUCUGCUACUGCCUUUGCCUUUAUUCCCAACAUCUUAGCCCUUUGGUUUCCGAUGAACAGACCACAAAACCAGACCCGAAGCUUUAGUCACUCUCCUUUCGCUUUGCUCUUUAUUUCAGACUUUGUUUCCUAAAACAUGAGGUUUAUUUCCACGCGUUGGUUUGGAGGACAGCUUUUGAUGUGACAAUAUUCCCAUUUACUGCUGUUUUGAGGUCUUCCUUUUGGCGUUUUCGCUGCUUCGAAAUCAGCCUUUUGUCCAAGUUUCAAUCCUGUGGACAAACUUUACGUGAGAUGGGAGAUUUUCGAGGCAUAGCAGAAGAGUCGUUUCCAGAUUUUCUGCCCAAUUCGUUACUCGGCAACAGUGGGAUAUUGGAUGAUGUCACUCUUUCUUCAAACCUUGGGCUGCCUGUUGCUGUUUCCACACUCGCCAGGAAUAGAGCCAGCACUGAUAACAGGUGUCCUGCUAUCCAGGCGUCCUACUUAGAGGGGAGGUUUUCCGGUCCAUCUGAGUUGUCUGCCAGUUGCUGCGGUGACGCUGAAGCCCGGGAGAGGGUGCAGCUCAGCUUCCAGGAUGAGGAAAAAAAGAGCAAUACCGAAAGUCCACAUCUGUCCCAUGCUGUUGUGAAGUUGUCAUCUCUUCAGGGUGAAGAACCAGGCUCAGAAGAGCAGCCUGCUGACACUGUAUCUGCCUGUCUGCCUCUGGCCCCAGCAGGCAGAGCAUCAGCUCCAAAGCCAGCACCAGACCCUUCUGUUGACUCUCAUGUAAGAUCAUGGAUGAGCAGUCAGGAGUACAAGAUUAUUGUACCCGAUGGUCAGAAACGCCCUGAAGACGAGACUCCGCACAGUGACUACAGCCAUAUUAGCUUACUAGAAAACGAGAAGCUCGCGUCGCUGACAAGCUUGGAAGACUCUUCUGAUGAUGAUAUUAAUGAUGAAGAGUUCUAUGAUGAUCAUUUGGAGGCUUAUUUUGAACAGCUGGCGAUUCCAGCAAUGAUUUAUGAAGGCCUAGAAGGACAGGAAUCUCUAGAAAAAGAUUUUAGGUUACCUGCAAGUGUUCUUAGUCCGGCAAAUGAAAACAGCAGCGAAAGCUUUCCAUCCAAAAAUGAGAGCAGUCUGACUUCCCAAGGCUCAUGCUCUUUAGGGAGUUCUGAAGUAAUUCACAGAGAGGCUGGAGAAGGUCAUGUUUGUUUGUCUGGAACCAGUCAUUUUGUAGGUCCUAGAGAUGAGAAGGAUGUGUUUCCAUUUUCCACAAAUACUUGGAAUGUUGAAAAGGGAAGAGCAGAUUAUACUGAAGAAAAUACAGGAGAGGAUGUUGUGAUGCAGAGCCCCCAAGUUACUAGUGAAAAACUUCAUCCUGUGCACUUUCAUGACACUGGCAGAGGUGGUUCCGACCCAGCUGAUUCUGUGGCGCAGGGGGCAGGACCUCCUCAUUUGGUGUCAGAUUCCAAAACUGCUUUGUUUGAGGAUGGAUGCUUAAAUGUCAAGACGUCUGCAGUGCCUGACCAGCAAAGUGUGGUCACAGUGUCUCUGAAGCGUGCUUGUGACAGUAGAAUUAAUUCCCCUGAUGACCGUUGGGCACCAGCCUGUGAAGGGAGAACGUAUCAAUGUUCCGAGUCCAUGGAGCAGAGUGAAGACCAAACGAACCUCCCACAGAAUGUGGUUUAUCAGAAUGAAGAAGGCAGGUGGGUCACUGACCUUGCCUAUUACACAUCUUUUAAUAACGAACACGAUUUAAAUGUGUCCCUAAAUGAGAUGAAUGAAGACUUCAGAUCUGGGUCUGAAGUAUUGGAUUUGUUUGCAAAAGACGAAGAAGAAUUUAACAAAGAGCAUCUAUUUAUGCAGGAAGAAAACAUAGAUGCUCAGAGCACUUCAGCUGCCCUGGGGGAUAUGUCUUGGGCAGCUACCAUUAAUUACAGUUUGUUAAGGAAAUCACCGAGCACGUUGGAUCUGGACAAAGAUGAGGCCAGUUAUCUUCGGCUGUCCUUAGGAGAAUUCUUUGCUCGCAGGUCUGAAGCUCUUGGUUGCCUUGGUGGUGAUAGCAGUGUGAAAAGACCAUCAUUUGGUUAUUUUAUUAGAUCACCUGAAACGAGUGAACCUGUUGCUUUAAUAAGAAAAUCUGAUUUGUCAAGAAGUAACUUGGAAGAAGAAAUGAGUCCUCUUAACUCUAAUCUGUCUUCAGGAGGUUUGAAUGAGCAGUCCCAGUCCCAGCAGAGUGGAGGAUCCGUUACCCUGCAGUGGGGAGCCCUGGAGAGUACUUCAGACGCAACACUGACAGCCACCAAGGGAACGACUGAGGACACUUUCUUUAGGCAUGACAAACUCCAGCACAAAGAGGAGAUCCCUGACCAUGGUGAUUCCAUGCUCAGGAUCAGCACCAUUGCGUCAGCCAUCGCAGACGCCUCUGUUAGCACUGAUCCCUUCCAGUUUGCUGCCCUGAUGAAAGCCCUGAGAAACAGAGCCAGUGGCCAGGCUGCUCAGGAGCAUGGUGAGCACAGGGACUGCUCCACAUUGUCCUGUCGCUCCCCUGGUGACUUGCACAGAAGCAGUGGCUUCGGUGCAUUUGAUAUGGAGAAGUACCUCACAAAAACGGAAGCUAGUAGAUGUGAAGGUGGGUUAGAAAGUAUGUCAAGAGCUGGCCUUUUGGAUGUUUGGGAUUUAUCUUUGCUGAAAGAACAGACUGCUGAGGAUAUCCAUACAGUCAGCUGUUGUGCUGCUAACAUGAGUGAACAGGAACCAAGAGAAAGAGCAGCAACUGUGCUUCAUAUUGGCAGUGCGGAGAGUGACAAUCAGGACUCAUUCAGAGCCACAGACUCUUCAGACUCAGCUCUGACAAGUCUGGGAGUGAAGGGCCCUGCAGCAGCUGAUGGGCAGAUACUCAUCUCUGACUAUGCCUUGCCUGACACGGGUCACAUCAAGGAAGCUGCCUCUGUGUCCACUUUGGGUGCAAGCAGUUACCCCUCUGUAAAGAGCCCCAGAAGAAUACCCCUUUGCCUAUUGGAAGAGUGUGAAGAAAUACAAAACCGGAGAGAAACAGAGGGUGUUAGUGAAAUAAGCAACAGUGACAAGCAUGUGACUUUUGAGAAACCUGGCACAGUCUCUGCCAGAAGUAUGGAUGGCAGGACCAUCUCUUCCGAGCACUCUGGAGCUGGCUCAGAGGAGGAGCAAGAGAGCUUUCGCCCGUCCACCUCCCCACUCAGCCACUCUUCACCCAGCGAGGGCUCCCGGGCCAGUCUGUCAGGGGGUGCUUCAGAAUGUCUUGGUUCUGCAGCUUGUCUCCAAAAGUGCCCUGCUGAGCGUGAACCGUCCAGGCUGGCAUGUUCCCAUGCUGACAUGAGCAGACUGACUUACGUGUCUGAGCAGGAGAGCGCCUGUCCUACCUCAGCCACUGAUGAUGCCCACAAGAGUGACCUCACCAGUGAGCUGAGCACUACCAUCGUUGGAGCCAGCCCAGUGCCCCCCGAGGAGGAGGAGGAGAGCAGGAGGCAGAGGCAGAGCUCACCCUCCAGCAGAGUGGCAAAGCCACAUUCCACUGCUGGGUUCGUUGCUUCCCUGAGUUGCGGGCAUCAUGACACGGAACCUACCUCCACCUCGAGCCAGGCCACUUCCUUGGAGAGCAGAAAGCUGUGGGAAGCCAGGCAGGAGGCGGGGUCAUCCUGUGGCGGCCGUGUCCAGGGCCAGCCUGCUCUCAGCUGCUGGGCUGGGCCAGCCCCACCGCGACUCCCUGCGCUGGGCCAGCAGCCUGUGGUUGGAGGUCAGAGCGCAGCUUCUGAGGACACCGGCAGUGAGUCCAGGGGCCAGGGCCUGCCUCGGAGCAUCCCCGGACACCAGUUCUCCACUGCUGCCGCCGCCCAGGCGCAGAGCACACCCUCGGCCUGUCCUGCACUCUGGGCCAGGCCCUCGCUCACCACGGCCACCUUGGCCCAGCCAUGCACAGGGACACAUGUCACUUUGCCUCCUGUGUGCCACGCAAGCAGUGCCCCCAUCUGUGCGUUCUCAGGGUGCCCCCCUUACCCAGGCCCGGUGGGGGAGCAGGUUCAGAACCCCAUGGCUGUGGGGGUUUGUCUAGGGCCAAGUCUUGCUUCCAGACUGUUGCAUCCCUCUGCCCUUUGUCCCCCGUGUUCUGAUGCCUUCCAUCAGAACCUGCACAGCGCAGCAAAGUCUUUUUCCGUGCACCCUGCUAGUGCAAGCUGUGGGAUUGAACCCUGGGAUUCAGGAAUGACGACAGGAUUUGUGAGCGUCAGGGUGCCAGAGGAGCUGAAGUUCCCCCAUGCGUGCUGCGUGGGCAUUGCCUCCCAGACCCGCCUCAGCGUGCUCAACCCUACUGACCACUGGCUGCAGGUCAGCGUGGCAGCACUGAGCAUCAGCGUCAGUGGGGAGAAGGUGGAUCUCUCAACAUAUCCUUGUUUAGUUUUCAAGAAUAAAGUCAUUGUAAGACCGCAUGCGGCAGAAGAGAUAACAGUGCUUUUCAUACCACUGGAUCCUGGGAUUUUCAGAUGUGUCUUCAGGGUUGCUUCGUGGCCAUUUUCAGCAGACACUGAGACAAUCCUGCAAGCAGAAGCUUUGGCAAGCAGAGUUGUUCUCACUGCCAUCGCCGAGAGCCCUGUUAUUGAGGUAGAAACUGAAAGGAAAGGUGUUCUUGAUUUUGGUGACGUGACUUACGGAGGCUGGAAGGCUCUCCCACUAAAACUGAUAAACAGGUCACAUGCUUCCAUCCCACUCCGGCUAGUUAUUCAUGCCAAUGCCUUAGCCUGGCGCUGUUUCACGUUUGCCAAGGAACCAGUCUCUGCUGCCCUAAAAGCUGCUCCCUAUGCUGAUGUGGUGGCUCAGCUGGCAGCGCCUUCUGUGGUCAGCCAUGUGAUGCCUGCCAGUUAUGAAGGACAGGAUCCAAAAUUUCUGAUAAUUUGGGUUCUUUUCCAUAGUCCAAAGAAACUAAUUGCUUCUUCAGAGAUGCUAGAGUCAGCGGAAGAAUUUGUGGCAAGAGUGGAUGUCGAAGUAGACAGCCCCAACCCUGCCCCCACUCUCAGCAGCGUGGGUCUCCGGGCAAGAGCAGGCCUCGCCAGGAUCCACGCUCCCAAGGACCUGCAGACUGUGCAUUUGUUGGCCAGCGUGAAUUCUUCAGCAAAGCAGCCUUUGCCUCUGAAAAAUGCUGGAAAUAUUGAAGUUUAUUUAGAUAUCAAGGUCCCACAACAAGGAAGUCACUUUUCAGUGUAUCCAGAGAAUCUAUUCCUUAAGCCUGGAGAAGAACAUGAAGUAAUAGUUUCCUUUACACCAAAGGAUCCCAAAACCUGUGAGGAAAGGAUCUUGAAGAUAUUUGUACAUCCAUGUGGCCCUCAAUAUGAAGUAAUGUUAAAGGGUGAAGCUGUUUCUUCCGGAACUCAACCCCUGUCCCCAGGCUCUUGCUUCUCAGAUCUUUCGUCCAUUCUGUCCAACAAGCAGUUCCUGGCGUGGGGCGGAGUCCCUCUGGGCAGGACACAGCUUCAGAAGCUGGUUCUAAGAAGUAGUUAUGCUUCCACAGUCCAGCACUUACGGCUGCUCAUCCGGGGGCAGGACCAGGACUGCUUUCAGCUUCAGAACACGUUUGGCUCCGAGGAGCGAUUGACCAGUAACUAUGAGGUUACAAUUCAUCCAAAAGAAGACAUUGUCAUCUCUGUGUUAUUUGCACCUACUCGAUUAUCUUGUAUGUUGGCCAAACUAGAAAUUAAACAACUCAGAAAUCGAUUACAGCCUGGCAUUAAAUUCACGGUACCUUUGUCUGGAUAUGGAGGAACAAGUAACCUUAUUUUAGAAGGUGUUAAGAAAUUAUCUGAUAGCUACAUGGUAACAGUGAACAGCUUAGUACCUGGCAAGGAAAGCCGAGCUGUUUUUUCUGUCCGCAACACUGGCUCACGAGCAGCGUUCGUUAAAGCAGUAGGCUUUGAAGAUUCUCAGAAAAGAGUUUUGUUGGACCCUAAAGUAUUAAGAAUUUUUCCAGAUACAUUUGUACUUAAGGAAAGAACACAAAAAGAUGUUACUGUGAUCUACUGUCCACCAGACAGGAGGCACAACCAAAGAACUACGACACAACUGUCAACUGUGUACUUCUUUGGUGGGGAUGAAAUUUGCCGACAGCAAUAUCGAAGAGCCCUGUCGCAUAAUCCAGGGAUUAUCAAGCAUAUACUUCCGGAACAUAGUGUACUGCAGAGUGUUGACUUUGCCGAAGCAUUCCAAGAUGAGCUGCUCAUAGAUGAAGCCUGUGAUCUUCCUCAACGGCCUAAUGACAUUCAGCUUUUUUAUGGAAACAUGCAUAAAAUGAUCCUUUCAGUAAUUGGAGAAUUUAGAGACUCCAUUUCCAGUAAAGAAUUUCUUCAGCCUUCUUCCCAGGCUAGCUUGGGAUCUAAAAGUGACUCGGGGCUGUCUGGAAGGCACAGUGGCAACGUCUCUCUGGACGUCCUCCCUGUCAGAGGUCCCCAAGGCUCUCCCUUUCCUCCACGAGCUGCCCACCUGCUGCAGGCUGACCCGGCCUCUGCAGAGAUGUGGGCCGUGCAGCCCGAGCACGUGAGCCUGCUGGCCCCUUUGGCUUUAGGCGACAUGGCUAAAACCGGGCGUUUCCAGAUUGUAAAUAACUCUGUCAGGACACUGAAAUUUGAGCUGUACUGGCCAGCACACUGCUUGACAGUCACCCCGGAGCAUGGACUUGUCACACCGGAGAGCAAACAACAAAUUCUUGUGAGCCCUAAUCCCUCCUUAUCCACGAAGAGGUUGAUGUUGCCGUGGAGCGGGUCAGUCUACGUGCACUGCGACGACGGAAAGAAGAAAAUUGUGAAAGUUCAAAUUCGAGAAGAUUUGACUCAGGAGGAACUUUUAUCUCGCUUGGCCUCCCGCACACUUGGAACUCUUGUGCCGGCAUUUGGGCCUCCUGUGAGUCAUUUGACAAAGCUGGCCUCGAAGCCCCCUUCCACACAAGUGCAGAUACGGACCAAGACUGUGACCUUUCCUGCUACAGCCCCCGGAGAGACUUCAGAGAGUUGUCUGGAGCUGGAGAAUCAUGGACCCAUGGCUGUGAGGUGGCACCUGUCGUCCUUUGCACCACCGUAUGUCAAGGGAGUCGAUGAAAGCGGAGACGUCUUUCGAGCUACCUACACGGCGUUCAGGUGUGCUCCUAUUUCUGGUACGCUGGGAAGCCACAGAACCCAAAAGGUCUCCAUCACGUUCCUGCCUAGAGAUGGAGGGGAUUAUGCCCAGUUUUGGGAUGUCGAGUGCCACCCUGCUAAGGAACCUCACUUGAAGCACACGUUGAGAUUCCAGCUCUCUGGACAGAGCGUCAGGGCAGGGGACCAGCCCGAGGCUGCCUACGCCUGCACGGAUGGCCUGGUGAAGGUGGACACUGCCAGCACGCCUCGCAGACGUGCCACCUCGGAGCCCUCUGCCCUCCCACCCAGACCUCCUGAUGAGAGCCCGCGUGGUGUGUAUGCCCCGAAGGACACUUACACCUUCCUGCCUACCCGGGUCGGGGAGUCGCGGGUGCUGAAGGUCAGCGUGCGGAACAACUCCUUCGUCACACACUCGCUGAAGUUUUUGCCACCCAGAGAGCCAUUCUUCAUCAGGCACUCCAGAUACUCUUUGAGGGCACGGCAUUACAUCCACGUCCCCGUGCACUUCCGCCCCGAGGCUGUGGGCAGCUUCCAGGCCAUGCUGCUGAUCCAGACCGAUGAAGGCCGGAGCACUGCUGUUCACCUGAGCGGGGAGGCCCUGGAGAGAAAUUAACAGUACAUUUUGUGUGACUGAUCUAAGUUAUAUUUUGUAAAUGUCAUUUUUCUACACUGUAAUUAUGCGAUUUUGUAUACCUUGUAUCAUAAUUCGACUGUAUAACUGUAAAGUUUUGUUUUCAGAAGCUAAUCCUGAAGACCUGAGAUAUCUUAUCAUGUAUACCCCCCAUAGUAUUGUAUUACUUUUCACAGUGGAGGAGAGUUCUAUUUUUGCAUUAUUAUAUUCUGAUUAAAUAUGACAUUUAUUUUAA